ACGUGCGCAAGUCCAGUCUCUCGCCGGCAGUGGUCGCGGAUCCUGGUGUUCAUUGUGUCAGGAGGAGCCGUAGCUUCGAAAUAACAACGUCGACAUCAGAGCCGGGGUCGAGCUCUUUACCAUAAAAACAGCGUCGGAGUUACGGUUAAGCAGGUAUUUCCUGAAAAGGGCUGACCACCUUCUGUUUUUUUCCCUCCCUUACCCCGUUUUUCACAGCAUAUUUUUAUUACUUUAUUUUUUGAUACCUUCAGAUUUGGGAUCUGUGAAUUGUCUUCAUGGCAGUCAGAAGGGGCCACAUUAGAUACUUAAAAGAAGUUUAUGACAUGUCAAAUGGUUACGAAGACCACAUGGCAGAUGAAUCAAAGGAUGCCAAAACAAACUUGAUCGUCAAUUACCUUCCCCAGAACAUGACCCAGGAUGAGCUGCGUAGCCUUUUCAGCAGCAUCGGGGAGGUCGAGUCCGCCAAGCUCAUCCGCGACAAAGUGGCAGGCCACAGUUUAGGGUACGGAUUUGUUAACUAUGUUAACCCUAGUGAUGCAGAAAGGGCAAUCAAUACACUCAAUGGGCUGAGACUACAGUCUAAAACUAUCAAGGUUUCCUAUGCCCGGCCAAGUUCUGACACCAUUAAGGAUGCGAAUCUGUACAUAAGUGGUCUGCCCAAGUCCAUGACACAGAAAGAUGUGGAGGACAUGUUCACACGAUACGGCCGCAUCAUUAACUCGCGUGUCCUCGUCGAUCAGGCUUCAGGUUUGUCCCGCGGCGUUGCCUUCAUCCGCUUUGAUAAAAGAGCCGAGGCGGAAGACGCCAUCAAAGACCUGAACGGUCAGAAGCCCCCCGGCGCCACGGAGCCCAUCACGGUGAAAUUCGCAGCGAACCCCAAUCAGGCCAAGAACUCGGCUCUGCUCUCCCAGCUGUACCACUCGCAGUCACGGCGCUUCGGCGGGCCGGUCCACCACCAGGCACAGAGGUUCAGGUUUUCCCCCAUGAGUGUAGAUCACAUGAGUGGUCUGUCUGGUGUCAAUGUUCCUGGGAACUCCACGUCUGGCUGGUGUAUCUUCAUCUACAAUCUUGGGCAGGAUGCAGAUGAAGGAAUCCUCUGGCAGAUGUUUGGGCCCUUUGGAGCAGUCACUAACGUGAAAGUGAUCCGUGAUUUUAACACCAAUAAAUGUAAAGGGUUUGGUUUCGUGACCAUGACAAACUAUGAAGAGGCUGCUAUGGCCAUCGCCAGCCUCAAUGGUUAUCGCCUUGGGGACAAAAUCCUGCAGGUCUCAUUCAAAACCAGCAAGUCUCACAAGUAAAUCACUUGUCCUCACAGAUUUUCUACAAAAAAACAGUUGAAAAGGCAAAUUUUUCUUUGUUAGUGUAAUACCAUUCUACGCCAAUUUACAUGUGUUUUCUUUGUCCUAGUUUAUAGGAAAGUGUAGGUUUUUUUUGAUACUCUGGGAUGCAACAAACGUGUUCAAAUGUUUUUGAGAGAUCCCAUGACCUAUUGACCAAUUCUGAGUUUUUAAAUUAAUUUCUGUGAUGCUAGACUUGGUGAUGUUACUUUGUGCCAUAUGCAUGGUAAAAUAACGCAGCAUGCAAUGUCUUUAAGGCUCUGAUUCUUUAUACUGUCAUUUUUUAGUUCCAUCUACUUUUUACACUAGAAAAAAAUUGAGAAUACUGGUUACAGAUGCCUUAAAUUCCUAAACCCCCUUUAUCACCUUCCUUAACUUGAUUUCCUAUUUUUUUUCAGGGUUGUGUAAAUAUCAGUAACUGAACUACCAAGCACUUGGUAAAUUAGAGGUUUUCCCAUUUAUACAUGAAUCAGAGUUCCUGUGAAGGCACAGCAUGCUGGUGUUCAAUUGAGCAGAUCCCAAUGAGGCGUGGCAUUGAGGAAAAGGUGUUUUGGAGCUGGCAAAAGAAUUUUUAAAGUUGUUUUGAAAGGGACCUAGUUAGAUCCAGAUGCUGUUAAAGAAGGACCAAAGAGAUACAAGACAUUAAGAAAGUUUACAAAUGAAAGGGGGAUGUUUGGGCCAUUCAGCAAAAUGUCAAGAAUGAACCUCAAAAGUCAACCAGUGUUACCCUGACAUGCAGGUCUGAUGAAGUGAAUUUUAAUCCCACUGAAUUAUUUCUGAAAUUCAAGAGGGGCUGAACAGGUACUGAAUUACUAUACAAACAUUUGAGCAUUGGAGUUUCUUUGCAUCCCUUCUAGCUGGUUCUGUUUUAUUUUAUUUUAAAUGGGGCUUUAUGUUAAUUCAUUCUCUAUUGAGAAAACUGAAAAAGUACUUAAGCUUUUUUCCAUGCAGUUUAGUUGGUAACAUAUAAAAUCUUUGUUUAAAAUAGAUUUAAAACUAAUCCCAAGAUUUUGGAAACUGCCUUGAGACUUUUUGGUUCUGUUAAUUUUUCUUUUUUGCUUUUUUGUGUUUCCUUUGUUUUGUUUGAUUGUUUUACUUUUGCAUUUAU